CAGCACAUUCUCCUUCUCUUUUAAAUUCUCCCUUUAUAAACCCCUUCUUUGGAAGACUCAGUCAUAAUAUUUCACACUGCACUGGCUAGCUAUACAUACUUUUACCAAUGGCUAAGUUAUCGCAACAAAACCAGAGGACCGCUGUCACUAAGACUAACACAGCUGUUAAUAACAGUAUUCACUCUGUUGUCAAGGUGAAACGUACCCGGAAAACUGUUCCCAGGGACUCUCCUCCUCAACGUAGCUCAAUCUAUCGCGGUGUCACUAGACAUCGUUGGACGGGGAGAUAUGAAGCUCAUUUGUGGGAUAAGAAUUGCUGGAAUGAAUCUCAGAACAAGAAAGGCAGACAAGGUGCAUAUGAUGAUGAAGUAGCGGCAGCACAUUCUUAUGACCUGGCGGCGUUGAAGUACUGGGGACACGAAACCAUCCUUAACUUCCCGUUGAUGACCUACCAGAAGGAAUUGAAGGAAAUGGAAGCUCAAUCCAGAGAAGAAUAUAUUGGAUCUUUGAGGAGAAAAAGCAGUGGAUUUUCUCGGGGAGUCUCAAAAUACAGAGGUGUUGCAAGGCAUCAUCACAAUGGAAGAUGGGAAGCUCGAAUAGGCAGAGUCUUCGGAAACAAGUAUCUCUACCUGGGAACUUAUGCCACCCAAGAGGAGGCAGCAGUGGCAUAUGAUAUGGCAGCCAUUGAGUACCGUGGAUUGAAUGCAGUUACAAAUUUCGACCUCAGUCGUUACAUAAAAUGGCUAAGACCUGACGGUAAUAAUUCCACCACCACAGCCGCGACAGAUCUGCCAAUCCUUAAAGUCGAAACUCCCAACACUUUACCAAACCUAAUUCAAGACGAUCAUGAUCACAACAAUAUUGUUGAAACAAAUUUCUUCCACCACCGACAACCAACACAGCCAUCGCUAAUUAGUGCUGCAAAUAAUCAGAUGGCACUAAAUAGUAAUCCUCCGGCACCUCCAGCUACUGCCACAUCAGCCCUCGGACUACUGCUGCAGUCAUCAAAGUUUAGGGAAAUGAUGGAAAUGACUACAGCCGCGGAGUACCCCUUGACUUCAUCCGAGUCAGAACCUUCCAGAACCUGCAACUUCCCCGAGGAUAUUCAGACAUACUUCGAGUCACAAGACCUAAGCAGCUUCACAGGGGGAGACGAUUUCCUAUUCGGUGAUCUCAACUCGCUAAUGCAACCUAUGUUGCACGCUCACGACUCAUCAUCCUCAGGUGGAAUCGAUCACUACUUCUAGCAAUCAUAACUCAGUUAUAAAGCGCAAACUGAUUAUAAAUUAAGCCUACAUAAUUUAAUAAGUGAAAUUAAAUCGAUCUAGAGGAGCAUCGGACGCCCUAAUUAGUUGUUAUUUGUAGAUACAAAAUAAAGAUGAGGAUUCUCAUCAUCUGUAUUUUUUAUUUUUUUUAAAUAUCGCAUUUCCUUCUGAUUCAUCAAGUUAAGUAGCUAAAGGCCAGAUCCUCUUCGUGAUCAGUUGAGGCAUCAGCGCUAGGAUAUGGUGUUCGCGAAAUAGCUGGAUCCAAGAAUUCUUCCAGAUGACUCUAGCUGGUUGGAUUAGGUUAAUUAUGUACGUAGUUAUUUAUUCUGCUGUCUCUCGUUCGGCUGUACUUUUUAUACUUCAUAAUUUGUUUCAUCUUUUGAUUGAAGCAUAACUUGUGGAGCCUGAUAACAGUGGGCAAAUUCUUUUCUUA